UCAAAUAGCACUAUUUCCCAUCGUUCUUAGCGUCUAGAGGUCACGUGGUUUGCAUGGCUAAUAUGGCGUCCUGCACGCUCAUGCUGGAUUAAUAGACACUUGGCUUAUGCUUCUAUCGAACGUGGUGCAUUGAGAGCCUUUUUCUUUAAAGAGAUGGCAGAAGUUGGAGAGGGCACUGAAGAUGGUGCCUCCUUAACUGCAGAAGCAGAGGAGGUUGUGGAAAGAGAGGAUGGACAAACUGUUGCUGAAGGUCAGAUGGAUGAGAUGGAAAAGGCCAGAUCUGACCCGGGGGUCUACCGCUACAUCAAGGGAGACCUGUUCACCUCUGAGAUAUUCAAGGUGGAGAUCCAGAACCUCCCUAAAUUUAUAGGCUUCAAUGACCUUAAGAAGUUCCUCAACAAGCACAGACUGAACCCACACAAGAUCAAGUUGUUUGGCAAGCAGACUUUCGCCUUCGUUACCUUCAAGAGCCAGGAGGAGCGGGACAAAGCCAUGAAAGCCGUGCACGGCAUGCUGUGGAAGGGCCGGGUGCUCAGUGUGCGUCUGGCCAAGCCCAAGGCCGACCCCAUUCUCAGAAAGAGGAAGCAGGAGGAGGCAGAGAGCAGCGAGCAGCCCGACUGCAAGCGGGAGCUGGCCACUGAUGCGGAGCCCCUCAGCAAACAGAUAGCCGACGUGGUGACACCACUCUGGAACGUACCUUAUGAGGAGCAGCUCAGUAGGAAGUUGCGGGAAGUGGAGGGGGUCCUGCAGAGGCUGGCCAGGGAAAUCAGUAACAGCAACAAAGCCAUGCUUCCCUGGCUGUUUGUCCAGAAGCAGAAAUACAACAACAUGUGCUGCCCGCUGGAGGGAAUCCGUCCGUCGCCUGUGCAGACCGACUACAGGAACAAAUGUGAGUUUCUUAUUGGGACGGGAGCAAACGGAGAAGACAAGACCAUAGGUUUCCGUCUGGGAAAGUACAAGGGGGGAUCCUGUGCUGUGGUCGGACCCUCUGAUACGGUCCACGUCCCUCAGGAGGCCAAGAGGGUGGUCAGCCACUUUCAGGACUACAUUAGGACGACUAAGUACACUGUUUACAGCCCCGAGACAUACGAAGGCCACUGGAAACAGCUGACUGUGCGCACCAGCCGCACCUCUCAGAUAAUGGCCAUGGUCUUCUUCAACCCACAGAAACUUGCCGAGGAGGAGCUGAACCUCUUGAAGAGCUCCCUCAGAGAGCAUUUUACAGAGGGACCAGGGAAGGAGAGUGGAGUGACCUCCCUCUACUUUGUGCAGGAGGGACAAAGGACAUCCCCGAACGUUGAAGACCUUCCCUGUGAACAUGUGGCUGGAGAGCAGUGGAUUCACGAAGAACUUCUUGGCCUGAAGUUCCGGAUAUCUCCACACUCAUUCUUCCAGAUCAACACGCCGGCUGCAGAAGUGCUGUACUCCACUGUGGGUGAAUGGGCCCAGCUGGAUCAGGACAGCACCGUGCUGGAUGUUUGCUGCGGAACAGGGACCAUCGGCCUCUCCCUGGCUAAGAGGGUGAAGAAGGUGAUUGGGAUUGAGCUGUGUCAGGAGGCAGUGGAGGACGCCAAGGUCAAUGCUCAGAUUAAUGGUGUGACGAACGUCGAGUUCCACUGUGGGAAAGCGGAAGACGUCUUCCCAUCUCUGCUCAAUGCAGUCGUAUCUAAUAACCUGACAGCCAUUGUGGAUCCGCCCCGGGCAGGUCUACACUCCAAGGUCAUCCUAGCCAUCAGGAGAGCCGAACAUUUGAAGAGGCUGGUGUACGUAGCCUGCAACGCAAAGGCCGCCAUGAACAAUUUCGUCGACCUCUGCAGGGCCCCCUCCAACCGAGUCCGUGGGGCGCCGUUCAGGCCUGUCCGCACCAUGGCUGUGGAUUUGUUCCCUCAGACCAUGCACUGUGAGUUGCUGCUCCUGCUGGAGAGGGUGGACUACGGCUCCCAGGGUGAUGGUGAUGUUACUGCCACCACUGUGCUGGAGGAGAAGGAGACACAGCCUACAGCCAGCUAGCAGGUGGUGAUGCUCUCUGGACCAGGAAGACCCAGUGUUGGCUCCAGUGGACACCCACCUCCACUGAAACUUGGUUAUGCUUUUAUGAAGUUAGCAGGCUUUAGAGCUUCUCUGCUGCUCAAUUUUUUCUUUUAGCAAAUUAAUGAACUUAAGGUGAUUUUGGUGGGAAUAAACAAAAGUGCCACUUA